UGCGCUUUGGCAGCAUGAGUUCAUCACGAAUUUUGAAGAACCUCAGAGUUCUCUACAAGCUUGUAGUGGACAACUUCCUAGCCAUGACGAUCAUACCAAUAGCGGUGGCCAGUAUUGUUGUGGUAGCAAGGCUCCAGCCCGAUGAGAUCGUGGGUCGUCUCAGAGCCCUUACAGGUUCAUACCUCUUCUUGUCAUGCUUCCUUCCAGCCUCCGCAGUUACCAUGUAUCUAAUAUCACAACCACGAAAGGUGUACCUUGUCGACUACGCCUGCUUCCAUGGCACUCAUCUUCACCGCGCCCCGUUCGCCGCAUUCCUGGAGUGUGCACGACAAUCAACAACGCUCAACGAGCGGAGUAUUCGUUUCAUAUCGCGGCUUCUCGAGAGCUCAGGCCUCGGGGAGGAGACCUGCUUGCCCACUUCGGUCCACUAUAACCCAUGGAACAAGUACUUAACGUUAGAGGCCGCCCGCGAAGAGGCUGAGCUCGUCGUCUUCUCAGCCAUUGACGAAUUGUUUUCCAAGACAAAGGUGCGUCCUCACACUAUCGACAUAUUAGUCGUCAACUGCAGCGGCUUCAAUCCCACACCGUCCUUCGUCGAUAUGGUGAUAAACAAGUACAAGCUACGAGGCGACAUCCGGAGUGUGCACCUAUCCGGGAUGGGGUGCAGCGCCGGGCUGAUAUCAGUAGAGGCUGCGAGGAGCCUUCUACAGGCCGCGCGCCGAGGCGCACGAGCGUUGGUGGUGUCUACGGAAACCCUAUCCCCCCUCCUUUAUCAUGGGAAUGAGCGAGCUAUGCUGCUGCCGUUUUGCCUGUUCCGCAUGGGCGGAGCGGCCGUGCUACUGUCCACGUCCGCCGCCAAAGCCCGACUCCGGCUCAUGUCUGCCGUGCGUACGCUCACGGCGGCGGAUGAUAGCUCAUACAGAUGCAUUCACCGGGAGGAGGAUGACAAGGGGCACACGGGUGUCAAUCUCUCCAAGGACCUUAUUGCUGCCGCUGGCCGCACUCUCAAAGCCAACAUCACCACCCUUGCGCCCAUCGUCCUGCCAAUCUCGGAACAAGUUCUGCUUGCAGUGUCCUUUAUGGCACAGAAGUUGUCCAGCGGGCGUUUUAAAGUGUACGUGCCCAACUUCCUCACAGCAUUUGAGCAUUUCUGCAUACACGCCGGUGGGUCUGCAAUCAUCGACGAGGUUCAACGAAGCCUCAGCCUGUUGGAUGAGCAUGUUGAGCCGUCGAGGAUGACCCUGCACCGCUUCGGAAACACAUCCAGCAGCUCAACUUGGUAUGAGCUAGCGUACAUUGAGGCCAAGGGCCGUAUGCGUCGCGGUGAUCGUGUAUGGAUGAUCGGCUUUGGAUCAGGGUUCAAAUGCAACAGCGUGGUGUGGAAGUGCAUCGUUCCGGCCCCCAACACCAAUGGGCCAUGGGCAGGGUGCAUCCACCGGUAUCCAGUGCAGAUCAAGUCUCCAAAAACAAGCACCAAGAAUAUACGGAUGGCAGGUCACAAGACUCACAACAAUAAGUAGCGAGAAACAAUUGAAACGAGCUAACAGAAGGAUCCUUUUUUUUUAACCUUUUUCGGGUUAUAAAAUGAAUACGAAGCCUCACUACUGUUAUAUUGAUGCUUCAU